AUGCCUCCUCCCACCAACGACGCCGACGACACGGCCCGGGCCAUCAGCUGCAUGCUAGUGCCCGGGCCCGUGAUCGUGGGCGCGGGCCCCUCAGGCCUCGCCGUGGCGGCCUGCCUCAAGAUAAACAACGUCUCGUCCCUCGUCCUCGAACGGAGCUCCUGCCUCGCCUCGCUGUGGCAGGACCGGACCUACGACCGCCUCAAGCUCCACCUCCCGAGAAACUUCUGUCGGCUCCCGUUCCUCGAUUUCCCGCCAAAUUUCCCCACGUACCCGACGAGGGACCAGUUCGUCGCGUACGUGGAGUCCUACGCCCGGCACUUCUCGAUCAGGCCGCGGUUCGGCCAGACCGUGGCCCGGGCCGAAUUCGACCCGGCGGCCGGGCUCUGGAGGGUCCAGAGCCAGGACUGCAUUUACCUCACUAGCUUCCUGGUGGUCGCUAGUGGGGAAAAUGCAGAGCCCGUGAUCCCCGAGAUCACGGGCCUCGACGCGUUCCCGGGGCCCGUGAUCCAUACGUGCGCGUAUAAAUCGGGCCUCGGGUUUCGGGGCCAGAGGGUUUUGGUUUUGGGGUGUGGGAAUAGUGGCAUGGAAGUUAGCUUAGAUCUUUGCAGAUAUAAUGCAAUUCCUCACAUGGUGGUCAGAAAUUCAGUACAUAUUUUGCCUAGGGAUGUGUUUGGAAUUUCCACAUUUGCAUUAGCUAUGGCACUUCUCAAAUGGUUGCCUUUGAGAUUAGUGGACAAAUUUCUACUUGUGAUGGCCACAUUGACAUUAGGUCAGACCGAGGGUUUCGGGCUGCCUCGGCCAAAAAUCGGGCCGAUCGGGCUCAAGAACGCCACCGGGAAGACUCCGGUGCUAGACGUUGGAGCGUUCAAUCUGAUUAAAUCAGGCAAGAUUAAGGUGAUGAAAGGUGUGAGAGAGAUAACAAAAAGGGGAGCCAAAUUUAUGGAUGGUCAAGAAAAAGAAUUUGAUUCCAUAAUAUUGGCAACUGGAUAUAAGAGCAAUGUGGCUAGUUGGCUCAAGGGAAGUGAUUUUUUCACGGAAGAUGGAAUGCCAAAGGCCUCGUUUCCUAAUGGUUGGAGGGGAAACGACGGGUUAUACGUGGUCGGUUUUACGAGGCAAGGGAUUCUUGGAACAUCAUCGGAUGCACUAAAGAUUGCUGCAGAUAUUGCUCACAAACUUAGGAUUAUGAAAGGCUGCAGAAGUAGUACGAGGAAAUCAAGAUACUAAGAUGUAAUUAUUGUGUUUUUUUUCUGCAAAGAACAAAAGUUAUGUAAAGCUUUUGAUGUUUCUGGUUUUUUUAUAAAUAUAAUA